ACAAAUAAUAAAACAAAAAAACAAAUAAUAAUGAUCCAAAUUCGUUUAAUCGUUGGUUGUUUGAUCUUGUUUGUAAUAAAUAUUUUUAUCGUAACUAAAGUCCACUGCGAUAUUGGACGACGAAUCGAUAUCGAUGAUGAUUUAUCCAGAUUUAUUGCCAAUAAUCUUGAUGAUUAUUGGCAAAAUAUGACAAGAAUAUUACAAACAAAUCUUUGGCAAAAUAAUCAACAAAUUUUAGAACGUUUCAAGCGAAUUAUCGUUCGUGAUAAUUUACAGAAUCAGAUUCGUUCUGAAUGUUUAAAUAUUAUUGAAUAUAUGAUACGAAAUCCAAUCGAAAAAGAAUGGACAGCAAAAAUAAUCGAUUCAGGUAUUUUUAAUCGUCCGAUCGGCCUGUUAUCCGGUACAACAACCGAAUUAGGUGAUUUUGAUCAAUGUUUAUCCAUACGGAAUAAAUUUCAACAAAAAAAAUUUGUUGGUCGUUAUUGUUUGGCAACAAUAAACCUGCCACGUACAAAUAAAUUCCAACAUCCAAUUGGAAUUCAAAAUAAUCAUUCCCAGUUGGAACAUGAAUGGUUAAUUGAUUAUAUUGAACAAUGGUAUCAAAAUGAUAAUUAUUAUUCAAUAGCAACGGCCAUUUGUUUUCCAUCCAUAUGUAAUGAACGGGAAAUUCGUCAACUGUUGAUUUCAUAUUACGAUGUUCUUCGAACGGUACAUUUCAAUGUUACUUAUUGUCAGUCGAACGAUGGUUAUGAUGAUCAGCAACCAUCGUCAACAGAUAAUUUCGGCCUUCGUGUUGCAUGGACAAUCCUAUUAACACCAUGGUUUCUAAUAAUACCGGCAACAAUUUUUGAAAUGAUUUUUGGUGAUAAAAAUUAUUCAUAUUUUUAUAAAAUUCUACUUUGUUUUUCAUUGAUCAAAAAUAAUCGUUAUUUAUUUCAAAUUAAAUCGACAAAAAUAUCGAUGGUUGGACAAACACAACAACGUCAAGAAUUUCGUUUUAUUCAUGGUAUUCGUGCAUUUGGUGCAUUGUUUAUAAUGAUGGCACAUGCUGGUGGUUUGGUAUUGGUUCCAACAUUAAUGCCCGUAUCGGUUAUUGCACGUUUUCCCAAUGAUGCAAUUCAAUUAUCUCGAACAUUAAUGGCACAACCAUUUUAUAAUGGUGCAUUAGUUGUAAUGACAUUUUUCCUGAUUAGUGGAUUUCUUUCCACUUAUCUAACGGCAUCAACGAAAAAUCUUAAAAUUGGAUUCCUGCCUUAUGUUCUAUUACGUUGGUUACGUUUAACACCAUCAUUAAUUGGUUUGAUUUGUCUGAAUAUCGGCCUCGAAUCAUUAGGUAAUGGACCAUUAUUUCAUCAUGAUUUAUUAUGGCCAACAUUACGUCCUUGUUAUGAAAAUUGGUGGAAACAUUUACUUUAUUUUAGUAAUUAUAUACCUGUUGAAGAUAUGUGUAAUAUAUCCACAUGGUAUUUGGCAGCUGAUUUACAAAUUCAUAUCAUCGCUUUUUUUGUAUUGAUUUUGUAUACAAAAAAUCAACGUUUAGCAAUGAUAUUUUGUUGGAUAUUUGUCGGUAUCGGUAUGUUAUCGAUAAUAAUACCAAUUUCAAUUGGAUUAGUUAAACUUCCAUUGAUACAAAUUAUUAUGUAUACUAAAUACAGAUUUCCAAAUGACGCAUUAAAUUUUAUUUAUUUUGCAUGUUUCAUGCAAUUCGUACCAUAUUUCAUUGGCUGUUCGAUUGGUUUUGUAAUCCUUGAGAAUCGUUUACUUAAAUUUACAAAGGUUUGUUUAUGUCAAAAAUUGUCCAGGAAAUUAAUUUUUCUUCUGCUCCACACCCAAAUACACCCAACCUGAACACCAAACAAUCAAAAUAGUGGCAAGAAAUCCUGAUAUGGUCAUUAUCAUCAAUAUUCUUAUUGACCAUACCA